AUGGGCACCGGCCAAGGGAAACGACCACCUCCGAACCAGCAACAGCAGCAACAGCAACAUCAAGAGCAGCAGCGGGCGCAUUCGCCUUACCCGCCGCAGCAGCGCUACUACGUCCAACAACCACAACCGCAGUCACAAUCGCAACCACAUCCUCAAUAUCAGCAGCAGUUCCAACCAUACCAACCGCCGCAGCAACAACAAUACUACAACCCUCCCAAACAGCCUCAAUACGCCUCCAGGCCUACCUCCCCGAACCCGCCUCAUCGCAAGCAACCUCAGCAGCAGCAGCAGCAGCAGCAAAGGCAGCAGUACCCCGCACAGCAGCAGUUCCUCGCCGAGCUAGAAGUCCCAACCUCAGCCCCGAGACCAACCUCACCAUCGACGUCAUCACCCAACACUACCACAUCCGCACCGGUGCCGAGUGCCGGAACAGCCCAACAUGGCCCCAUUGCCUACGAGAUGCCUACCGACGACGCCGUCGUAGCCAAACCGGCAACCCAGAUCCAUAGGAAGCCACACAGGAUAGCCUCUGCGUCUUCCGUCACCGCACCCUCAUCAACGUCACCGCCUCCUGCAUGUCCUACCACGGCCACAGCUGCAACCAAACACGAAGACUCGGACCAACAAAAGGACGAAGAGGAGGCUCAGCCGCCGCCGCUGUCGCAACCACCGCUCAUCCAGGCAAACCCAUGGGGGUUCUUUCUCGAAAAUGACCUUCCCUCACGCAACAGCGACUCCCCCUCGCCGAGCAAGGACGAGGCUCCACCAGAGGUUCAGAAGCUAUCAGUGCAGCCGUUGCGCAUCGUGAAGACCGGUUCUACCGAGGAGACUAUUGGUCAGGGGAGCAGACCCUCGAGCAGUACUGCGGAAGAUGUGACGCCCAAGCCGUUGCAGCUUGCAGCAGCAGUGCCGGCAAGGCGGGACAGCCCUGAUACGGCCCAGCUCACACCGGCACCGCUCAAGCUCGCCCGGCCGCAGUCCCCGGCUACACAGCAACGUCCCUCCCGGACCCCGAGCCCGGCCAUCACCGCCGCUCCGGCCUCUGAGGCACCCCAGCUUCCGUAUCCGGCCGAAGGUCCGUCCAUCCCCACGCCGGGCUCGCACCCUCAGCACCAGCCAACAGCACAGCCGGGGGCUCCGACGACGCUUCCCUUUGGCAUUCGUCCCGCUGGCUCCCCGCCGCCUGUAUCCCCUUCCUUCGCGCCAUCGCGUCUCUCGCCAGCGCCACCGGGCACUUCAGCACCGCAACAGCAACAACCGCAAAACCAUUCUCAACCAACUCACACCCAAGCCGCCCCUGUGUCUCCAGUCUUCGUCCAGGCUGCUCUGCCACCGACUCUCCCCGUGAGCUCCUACUUUCCCCAGCAACCCUCCUACGCCAGGAAGGAAACCACCUCGCCCAAUCUCUCGGCCCACCAUAGCCCAGUAGCGUCCACAUCGAGACCGUCAACAUCGCAAGGAAUUCCUCAGGCCUACCAACAGUCACCGGCCCAGCCCUAUGCCUCCCCUCCGCCUUCUUACCCCCAGGCAAUGUCCCAAAUGCACCUAUCAAACACCUCACCCUCGCCCACACAGACACAAUGGCUCCCCCCGCCGCCACCUCCGCAAGGCCUAUCCCCAAACGCAACCGGCGUUCCGCUGCCCCUGAGCCCACCGCCGACGCAGUACCCUUGGUCUCCCAACAGUGUUGGUCCCCCAUCUGCUCCUCUUCAACAGCAGUUCACGGGUUACAACAUGCCGCCCCCCAUUCCCCAGCCAACCUAUGUCAACGGAACUCAAAACUUCCAACCGCAACCGACACAGACACCGCCACCCCUUCCGCCUCGCAACUCCCCGCCCAUGCCGGGCACGCCGCACUCGAGCUUUGGUGCCCUCACACCCUUCGGCGGACCUCCUCCCCCGACCCGGCCAAACUACCAAGCCCCGCCGCCGAAAUCCGAAUCGCGCCUCUUCAGCAGCGCCACGGCGCGAAAGCUGCUCACCAAGACGACCGAGCUCGUGGACCAGACCAUCACGCCUUAUCUCCAGGACAACAAGUACUACCGGCCGCCCUAUAACUGGUAUCAGAACCAGAAUCAGAACCCUCAGAACCAGAACCAGAACUACCACAACCAGAACCAAAACCAGAACAAUCAGUAUCCGCCUCGGCCGCAGACGGCAACGGGAUAUCCGGCGCAGCAGCAGCAGCAGCAGUACUACACGCAGCAGCAGAGCUACGCUCCCUCUCAGCGUGUGUAA